GCUGAAGUGUUUGACACUGGAACACAAUGACUCUACUGGGAUCUGAGCGUUCUGUUCUGAUUCGCAGCAAGUUUAAAUCAGUCCUGCAGCUGAGACUCCAUCAGAGGAGGACGCGAGAGCAGGGCAUCACGCCUCGUGAAAACGAAAGCGUUUGUCUGGAUCAGUCAGAAGAUUCAGGACUAGAGAAACACAGGCCGGAGCAGACGCUGGCAGAGAUGAUUUAUGGACAACUCAUUGAUAAACAAUCACUUUUGCUCUGUUUCUCGUUUGUUUUCCCAGCCUUGAAGAGUCCGGCUGCGCUCCAUGAACAGAGGAAAAGUCUGGAGCGAUCCAAGACUGGAGAUGAUUUAAAACACAAAAUCAGAAGUCGACCAGAGAAAUCUGAGCUUGUCAACAUGCAUAUUCUACAAGUGAACCAUGGGAAGCUGUCGCAGCAGGAGGACUCGUACGUGUUUGAUGAGGACAGCAGCAGUGAGAGUCUGUCUCCAGAUCAGCCGCACAGUGAAGAGUCACAGUGUUCAGCUGAAGCACUUACAGAGAACAAGAGCAGCUCCAGCUCACCCACACUCACCAACACUGAUCACGGGUCUCAGAGCACUCAGAAUCAGGAGGAGAAUGUGACAAACAGCCAGGAAACACCUAUUCCUGUUCCUGCAAUAGUCAAGCCGUCCAAAAUGUCUGAGAAGAACCGCCACAAGAAACCCAAAGACAUCAAGCCUAAAGUGAAGAAGCUGAAGUACCACCAAUACAUCCCACCGGACCAGAAGACAGAGAGAUGUGCUGCGCCGCAGAUGGACUCGACAUAUGCACGUCUUCUGCAGCAGCAGCAGCUCUUCCUGCAGCUACAGAUCCUCAGCCAGCAGAAACACCAGCACAACCUGCAUCCACCUCCACCUCCACCUCCACAUCCACAUCCACCUCCACUGCAGCAGAGCUUCAGACACAACACCACACACACCAUGUGUGUGUGUGUGUGUGUGUGUGUGUCCAGUGUUCAGAGCAGCAGCAGCUCCUCGUCUCCAGUGAAGAGCAGUAACCCGUCCAUGAGUCCCGUCAGACCCGGACCGCUGCCCACAGACCUGGACGACCUGAAGGUGUCUGAGCUCAGGAUGCAGCUGCGGAUGCGUGGUCAGCCGGUGUCCGGCACAAAGACGGCACUCAUCGAGCGACUGCGGCCCUUCAGAGACUCCAGCUGCUCUUCUCCAGCAUCUUCUGCAGACGUGUUCCCCGUGACGCCUGCCGCAUCGCUCUCAUCCUUCCACUCGCCCGGCGCUGGCUUCUACUGCAGCAGCGGCUCCACACCACCCAUCUCUCCGGUCUCCUCCGAGCUCUCCGUCAGCAGCUUCAGCGACGUCACCAUGUCCUCUCCUCCAGCCCGGCUGAGCGCAGACGAGGGCCAGAACAAAGAGAAGGACAAGAUGCUGGUGGAGAAGCAGAAGGUGAUCGAGGAGCUGAUGUGGAAGCUGCAUCAGGAGCAGAUGCAGGUGGAGGAGCUGCGCAUGCAGCUGCACAAGAGGAAGCACACGCAGGACUGUCCCGCUGCGCCACAGUAUAUGAUGCAGACGCAGCAGUUCUACAGCGUGUCCAUAAAACAGGAGCAGGAGGCGUCCAGCUGUCCUCUGGCUGUCAAGCAGAUGAAAGGCGGCUGCACGUCUGGAAGCCUGUCUGUGUUCCUGAGCCCUCAGAGUUCUCCUGAAGACUCCCCCGUCACCAAUCCCUCGAGCAGCCCCUCGUCGCACCUGCUGAGAGACUCACACACACCGCUGCAGAACACAAGCAGAGCCCCGCGCAGCACACAGCAGAAGAGCUGCUCGUAUGCUCCCGAACAGAGAAACCUGCAGACACUUUACUGUCAGAGUCCUUCAGAGAACAACGUCAGUGUCAGAGGAUCCACCAAAGCCAAGAGCGCCGGCAUACAGCAGAAAGAGUCUCUGUGUCUCUCUCUGCGGGACGGUGAUCCUAACUCUCCCACAUCCAGCUCUAUCUUCUGUAGCUCAGCUCCUCCAGUCUCCGGCAGCAGAGGUCCGCCGCGUUACGAGGAUGCUGUGAAACAGCAGAUGUCACGCAGCCAGCAGAUGGAUGAGAUUCUAGACGUCCUCAUCGAGAGCGGAGAAAUGCCAGCUAACGCCAAAGAAGAGCACUCUCCUGUAACCAAAGUUGUGCCUCACCUUACAGUUUCUCCCAAGUUCCCCCGACACUACAGUCACGUGACUCCCUCCACGCUGUGCUACGAUCACGGAGACGCUCCUCUGGAGGUCACCGCUGAGGGUCGCGGCCUGGGAAUGACCUUUGGGGAGUCGCCGUGGGAGACGAUGGAGUGGCUGGAUCUAACUCCGCCCAGCUCCUCCCACACCUUCCACAGCGGCCCGCCUCCAUCUGGACCGAGCAUCUUCAACACCGAGCUGCUGGACGUGACCGACAUCAGCCUGAACCUGGAGCACUGGUGAAGAGGAACAUCACGUCCACACCCACAGCUUCCAUCGAAACCACUGGAGAUUCUGGGAAACAAGGUUCUGAUUCCUGGAAACAGAAAUGAACUGGGUUCAGACACAUGAACAUGUUUAGUUGUCUGCACACUUGUGGCGUGGGAGAGCAGGUAUUAAUGCGUCACACAGGUAUAUCACCUGCACUCUCUUGUAAAUAUGAGCUUACAGCAGGAUGUCACGCUUUAUAUGAGCUUUUCCUUCCUUCCUGUCACCAUCGUGACUUUAAU